AUGGAUUCAUUCAAUCAGAAUUGCCAGACUACCAGCUUCAGGUACAAUCCAAAUUUGAACUCUAGCACACAUGCAGAUGAAGAAGCAGAGUUCCCAGGGAUUCUUGAUAUAUUUGUCCAUCAUGCUAGGAAUAUUCACAACAUAUGCAUCUAUGACAACCAGGAUGUGUAUGCUAAGUUCUCUCUAACUUACAAUCCCGAUGAGACCCUCUCGACUAGAAUCAUCAGUGGAGGUGGCAAAAACCCAACAUUCAAUGAGAACAUGAGGAUGAAGAUCACCCAAACAGACGCUGUUCUGAAAUGUGAAAUUUGGAUGUUUAGUAGGGCAAGGAUUCACAUGGAAGACCAGCUUUUGGGGUUUGCUUUGGUUCCAAUUUCACGAGUUGUUGGCAAAGGAAAGGUAACUGAAGAUUACAGCCUUUCUUCCACUGAUCUUUUCCACUCUCCCGCUGGUACUGUCCAACUAACACUGUCUUUAGACCCCUCUUUGGCACUCAAUUCCUCAGUGAAUUUGAUACCUGAAUCAGCUAAGACUUCAUCCAUAUCAUCAGAAGUUAUCUUGCUCGAUAGUAAGAUCUCAGAAGUUAUGUUGGACCCAGUUGAGUAUGCAAGAAUUGAAUUUCCUGACAUCAGUGUGGUGAAGGAGAACCAGCAAAUGGUUUCCGAGUACUUCAAUUUGGCAGCUCAUACUACUAUUUCUGCCCCUUCAAGGUCCAUUGGAGGGCCACUACCAUUUCUCCACCUUGGCGCACCUCCUCAACUUGAUGAUUAUGAGAUGACUAUGAGUUCACCAGAUGAGAAUCAUGUAGGGUCCAUUUCUCCAAAUGAGAGCAUUCAGAACUCAUGCUUCCUAGGCUCCACUAUCACAACCUUGAGUGAUGAUAGAAACUCAGCAGAUUCAGUUAAGAAAAAGAACCAUUUGAGUACUGGUGACUCAUCCAAUUCUGUCACUGUGUCAAUCACUGUGGAAGGUAGUCAAAACUGUGGUGCUUGUCCAGAUACCCCAACUUCUAAGAAAGAAGGUGAGGCCAGAGAUGACAAAGAGGCAAACUUCUCAAGCAAAGAAAAGGAAAGCAAAACCAAUAACAAGAACGCAGAAACUUCAAAGUUUGGUCAAGUGUUUUCAGCUCCACUAGGGAACGUCAAUCUUGAAGCUGAGCAGGCUGCUAUGCAAAAACAAAUAGUAGACAUGUAUAUGAGAAGCAUGCAGCAGUUCACUGAGUCCUUGGCAAAAAUGAAGCUCCCAAUGGACCUUGACAAGCCUGAAAAAGUGGAUCAUGGCGAUGGUGAUGUGAUUCAGAAUCACGAAAACAGCAAAUUAGAAACUGAUAAGAAGAAAAAGGAUGGAUCUCGCGUGUUUUAUGGUAGUCGAGCAUUCUUCUAA